AUGGCUAAAUCUAUAGCAUGCCUGACUGUGUGUUUGCUUCUCCUCUUCACAGUGAUGGUGGCAGAGGCAGGACCACCAAAACAGAAGAAAGUGAAAUGCAAAGACAAAAAGUACCCUACUUGUUACCAUGUAGACAAAUAUUGUCCUACAACUUGCCCUCGCACUUGUGUGGUGGAUUGUGUUUCAUGCCAACCUGUUUGUACAUCAUCACCAUCACCACCACCACCACCACCACCACCACCAAAGCCUAGGAAGCAAUCACCUCCUCCACCUCCUAGAACUUAUCCUUCACCCUCUCCUCCACCUCCCACACCUACUAUUUAUUCUUCACCACCUCCACCUUCACCACCUCCACUGCCACCUUCUACCAUUUAUUCUUCACCACCUCCACCACCUCCUACGACUAUUUAUCCUUCACCCCCUCCACCUCCAUUGACAACACCCACUCCCCCUUCUUCACAUCCCCCUCCACCUCCCCCAGCUUCGAGUUCCGAUGGAAAGAAAGUUAGAUGCAUGAAUAAGAAUUACCCUCACUGCUAUGCCAUGGAGCAUAGUUGUCCUAGUGGUUGCCCCGAGCAAUGUGAGGUUGACUGCGUCACCUGCAGUCCCGUUUGCAAUUGCAACCGACCCGGUGCUGUGUGCCAAGAUCCUCGAUUCGUUGGUGGAGAUGGAAUCACCUUUUACUUCCAUGGUAAGAAGGCCCAAGACUUCUGCAUAGUUUCUGAUUCCAACCUCCAUAUCAACGCUCACUUCAUUGGAAAAAGAAACCAAAACAUGAAGAGGGACUUCACCUGGGUCCAGUCUCUAGGAAUCCUCUUUGACACCCACAAUCUCUUCAUUGGCGCAAAGAAUACAUCAAUUUGGGAUGACUCCAAUGACCGCAUUUCCCUAGGUUUCAAUGGUGAACCCAUACACUUGCUUGAUGGUGAAGGCACCAAAUGGGAGUCCAUGACAUCGCCAAGUGUUGCAAUCACAAGGCUUCGUGACACUAACUCAGUAGAAGUUGAGGUUGAAGGAAAUUUCAAGAUCAAAGCAACAGUCGUGCCUAUAACCGAGAAAGAUUCACGUGUUCACAAUUAUGGGAUCACACAAGAGGAUUGCUUUGCUCAUCUGGACUUGAGCUUCAAGUUUUAUGCAUUGAGCAGCCAAGUUAAUGGUGUUUUGGGCCAAACUUAUGCGAGCAACUAUGUGAGUAAGGUGAAGAUGGGAGUGGUCAUGCCUGUUUUGGGUGGUGACAAAGAAUUCUCAUCUUCAAGCCUCUUUGCCACUGAUUGUGCUGUAGCAAGAUUUACUGGUCAGUUUACGGAAGGUAAUUCUUUGGAAAAUUUGGAGUUUGGAAAUCUAAAUUGCUCUAGCGGGAUGAACGGCCGUGGAGUAGUUUGUAAGAGAUGA